AGAGUACCGUUUAGUUUCCCGCAAAUAGUGAAUUUGGGUGAUUGUGUAGAGGAUGAUAUUUGGACGCUUGUGUUAACCUGCUUGUGUCGACUUAUAUCAAGUUUCCAGAUUAAGUAUGAAGAUUCAGAUGUCAAGUGGAAAGAAUUGGAUCCAAAGUAUCACUUCUCAUGCCAAUUCAUGGCUGAUACAAUUGCAAUGAAUGCAUCAGAUUUCAUCAUAACCAGCACAUAUCAGGAAAUUGCUGGAAGCAAAGAUAAACCUGGACAGUAUGAAAGUCAUGCAACAUUUACACUCCCAGGACUUUGCAGAGUUGUUUCAGGGAUAAAUAUAUUUGAUCCUAAGUUCAACAUAGCUGCACCUGGAGCUGACCAAUCUGUCUAUUUUCCUUACACAGAAAAAGACAAAAGACUCACUCAAUUUCAUCCUGCCAUUGAAGACUUACUAUAUAGUAAAGUGGAUAACAAAGAUCAUAUUGGAUAUCUGGAAAACAGAAGAAAACCUAUCAUCUUCUCAAUGGCAAGGCUUGAUGUUGUGAAGAACAUAACUGGUUUAGUCGAAUGGUACGGGAAGCAUAAUUAA